CUAUGAUAAAGUUUACAAUUACUAAAAGAACUUUAGUUAUUAGUUUAGUAGAGCCCGUACUUUCCUUAUUUCGUAGAAUAUAAAUUUAGUUUUUCAUCAGAAAACUAUCUAUAUAAAAUGACACAUCCCUUAAAUUUUCACGUAAGAGUCUUUGUUAGUUGAUUGUGAUUUAAAUAAACAAGCAAAUAAAGUCAUCACAUGCCCCAUUUGUCAACAAACACUUAUUCAGUACUUCUAUAUAGAAUACUUUAUCAGUAGAUUUCAACUUAAGUGCGUAGAAAGAUAAAAUUAUUGUUUUCAUCAUUAUAAAUUCGAAAUUAAGAUUAGUAUAAAGGUUUGUACAAAAACCAUCAAAUAAAACAGUACAAUUUAAGCUACGAGAUUAAAAAAUAUUAUUGUAAGUGAUUUGGAGUGUAAACAAACGGUUUUAUUGAAAGUUCGAUUAAUAAGAGAAGCUGCUCAUUAAAUCCAUUAGUGAAUAUUUUCGUUAAAGAUUUCCACGAAAUAUAAAAUACUUUGUCCGAUACCGAGCAGCGUCAAAACGUAAACAAAGAUGAUAAAAGGGCGAAAUCCCCCCUGCGCCCACGCUGUGAAUCACCGAGGAUUGCCCGAUGUAUCGUUCCACUUCGUGUAACCGACAUAAGCGUUUGACGCGCCGAAUCGUGCGCACGUAUGUUAUAACGGUCUCAAGUAGCGCCUUGUGGUACACCAUAGUUCCUUGUAUUACUUUUGUUCGGUGAUCGAUAAAACUAUACAAGGGGUGUGACGUUCUUUUUAUUAUAAACGUCAUUUGUGCAGGGGUGUGUCAGUGGGUGUGUCGUGAUUGCUUCUGUGUAAAGUGACAUUUUUAAUAUUUUGUAAAAAUGUUUCCGCGGAUACAAGGAUUGUUUCACUCGGUGACAGACAAAAGAUCCCAUGCCACAGAGUGCGGGGAGAAUAGUCUCACGAUAGUGUCAGAGAAGAAAAUAGAAGAUGACUCAUCAGACUCGUCUAGCAGUGAAAAUGUAGAAAUUGAAGAUAAGUCCCUGUCUCUAGUCGACAGUCCAGCGCUGGUGCAAUCAGAAGAGUCUCAUGCGGCCCAGUGCUCAUGUCCCAACUGUGAUGAAAUGCUGUCACGAUUUUCAGAAUGCAGUAUAUGCCUAGAACCGUUACAGUGUUGCGGGCCUUGCGUCUGUCCCUGGUGCGGAGGCGUCUGGUGCGCGCGGUGUUCCCGUAGGAUGUCACGAUGCGCGUGGUGUAGGGGUACAUUGCGGGCCCCAGCUGCUCCCUGCCUCGCAUUACAGAGGCUGGUCAACGACCUGAUGCUGCCGUGCCGGAAUUACAGACGUGGCUGCACAGAACUGCUCACAGCAUCUACGAGGGUCAAACACGAAGAAGACUGCAAAUAUGACACGAUGUCGUGUCCCAUCACUGCCAACUGCUGCACAGUUCCUUUCGAAGAACUCUCUACUCACCUGCAGUCGUCGCAUAAUAUCAUCGCAGUUUACUCACAGAAGAUCAAGAUCCUCAUCGAGAACUUCCAGACGAAGCUCAAAAAAACCGCCUGCUGCAGAACCAAAUACAAAAUCAUCUUGCUCCAUCAAAAGAGUGCUUUCAUCAUCAAAGUGUGCAUCUACAACUACCAUGUCAGAGUAGAAGUAAUGAGAAGGAAACUCGGCUACAUAGCAGAUAUCAAAUCGGAGGCGAAAAAAAGCGAAUACUGCGCUCUAAUCGAGUUCCAAAGCAAAGCUUUAUGUACGAAAUCAGCCAUUCUCAUCGAAAAUGAGGCGUAUGGUAAGAAAGCUGAAGUGCAAUGGAACGAUGUGAUUAUGAAAUCUGAGAACGACGAAGCAAUAACCAUUCACGUAAACAUAAGCAAAUCUGACACCGAAACAUCUAGAAAAGAUUUCGUCGAAUCAUAACAACGUUGACAAAAGUGAUAAUUUAUGUAAAAAUAAAAUUUGUGAUCUUGUACAUAUUAUGUUACAUCGAAUAGUUGAGGUUCUAAGGAUAGAGUGUUGUUGAUAGCAAUGAUUGUAGUGUGACAUUUGGAAACAUUGCAUGAUGUAAUGUUAUCGAGAAUGUUUGCGAUGAUCCGUAGCCAAACGUGACUGAUACAGACUUAAUUUUAUCUCUAAAGUAGUCUUAAGAUGUAUAAGAUGAAAUAAAUGUUAUAUUAGUAUUUUCUUAGAAUUUGCAUUUUCAUUUAAACGACGUGGCUGAUGAGACUGAUAAGUUGAGCAACUCAAAUGUCGCUUUGUGAGUGGAGAAAUUUCAUCUUGAAGUUUAAUAGACUUAACAGCUUUAUUGAUCAUACUGAUAAUUGUGUAUCGUAGACGUAGAGUGUCUUCACCGAGUAAACUUAAUCUAGAUUUGAAAAUAAUAACAAUUGCAAAUAUUUAUAUGAGUUAUUAUAAAAUAUGAAGAGACAGCUUUCGCAGAAUUUCUGCUCUCUUACUCAUUUUAUCAGUCUCCUUUUCAGUUAACCCCUCACGAUAAGCUAGAAUACCUAGAAUAAGAAUAAUAAGAAGAAGAAUAAGCUAGAAUAAAUAUAACUAAACCUAAAUGAAACCAGUAAAGUAUUUGAUAUACUAUUCAAACGCCCCGAUUCAAAACCAUAUAGAAAAUAUAGUUUUUCUAUAUUGAUCGACUGUAGACUGGGUAUCAAACCGAGUACCUCAGGAAUGGCAUAAAAUAGAAACCCAGUGUUUUAGUUACUCGGAAACAGAUUUAAUUAUAAAUAGUUGCCUUUGCCAAAGGACAACAGCGUUCCUAAACUGAACGCUGAAGGGUAGCAAGUGGCGUUUAGCUGCCCAGAGAACAUCGGAUUGUUAUUUUUGAUUAAAUACUCUUUUAUAGUAAUAUUUACUUUAGCUCAAAACAUCGAGCAGGUACAUGCUUAAAAAUUAAAAUUAUAACAAAUGCUUUUUUUAAGGUCCCAGUUUCAUAAAAUAUUUCAUUCCUAUUAUGGCCUGCACAGACAAGGGACUUAGUCCGCGGAAUUUUUUAUUCGCCAAAAUAGAUCGCUUACAACUUCAUCGUGUAACACACACUAGAAAUUAAAAGUCCCACGUACAUAAUGCCCCCCGAACAACUGAGGACACCGGUCCCCCGGUGAACAGGAGAAAGAACGAGGGUGACGACGAAGAAAAUAGAAUUAAUGUGACUAGGUGGUAAAACUGGUGCGCGCUCGAUCAGAUUUAAAUAAGGACUAUUAGACUCUAUUAGCGUUGAGUCUGUGUCCAAGUCCUCGGCGGCCAUUUUUUUCAGUCUGUUUUCUGAUAGCGCAUUUUUGCGUAAAUAUACAAAUCCCUUUUUUUGAAGUUAUACUUCUUUAGG